GAAGGGAGGUGGCCGAAAACAUACCGGCAGGCAUGAAGUUCUCAGAGGACAAAAAUCUUAGGAAGAGGCGCUGCGGUUGUCUGAAACUUUCGUUGUACUUCAGUCCCGUGUUUCCGUCUUUUUGGGCUCAUUGGUGCUGCAGCUUUGAAGGCGCAGAAAGACCGUCUGCAAGUCCAGAGGAAGCAGAGGCAGUUGGUUUGGUGUGAGCAGCGCAUCAACUGAGUGACAGAGUGAACAACGACAAAUUAAUCGUUAAAGACCUCUGAAGUGGCAGGCGGCCACGAGUUUUCACUGCAUUUAAUAAAGAGCCCGUCUUAAGAAAGCCGUGCCAGAGUUGUCACUUUGGAGCUACAGUGAAAACUCGCCCAGCCAGCGCCUGUAGGAAGCUCAUUAAGAAGACGGCAGCUGCAGUGAGUGACGGUACCGUGGUGUAACACAAGAGGGUGCCAUUUGACAAGCUCACCGUUCACAAGAAGUCAAGCACAGCAGCAACAACCUUGUACAACUGAAGUAAGGAUUUAUGUCCAGCAGAACAUGUAGAGCAACGAGCUGCAAAGUCAUACAGAUCAAUAAAGGCAUCAUCAUCCGCUCAGCAUGGCGUCUUCCCCUGGGUUAAGUGUUGACCCUUUACUCGUGCUUCAGCUCCACGACGAGGACUACAGCAAAGCUUCAGAGAGGCCGACCUCACCAGUACUUCUCCCUACUAUGUACAGUCCUCCAAUGGGCAUAGAGAGCCACACCGUUUGCAUACCCUCUCCAUACACAGACAGUAGUCAUGACUACCAUGGACAUCCUCCCUUAACUUUCUACAGUCCUUCGGUGCUGAGCUAUACCAGAGCACCUAUCACUGACAGCCCACCAUCCAUGUGUCCCCCUAUGAGUCCCCCUUCCUUUUGGCCCUCUCACAAUCACCACAGCAUACCUUCUUUGACUCUGCACUGCACCCAACCUCUUGUCUACAAUGAACCAAACCCACAAGGACCCUGGCUUGAGUCAAAAUCCCAUGGCAUGAACCCCAACAGCUCUGUCAUCAGCUGUGACAAGCUGCAGAGGAAGAAAUCAGAAGAAGCAGGAGAAGGAAUAAAGUCCUCUGCAUGUUCAUCUGCUGUAGGGAAAGCUGACAUGCACUUCUGCGCUGUCUGCCAUGACUAUGCCUCUGGGUACCACUACGGUGUGUGGUCAUGUGAAGGUUGCAAAGCUUUUUUCAAGAGAAGUAUUCAGGGACACAAUGACUACAUUUGCCCUGCCACAAAUCAAUGCACUAUUGACAAGAACCGACGUAAAAGCUGCCAGGCCUGCCGCUUACGGAAAUGCUACGAAGUAGGCAUGAUGAAGUGUGGUGUGAGGCGUGAACGCUGCAGCUAUCGAGGGACCCGACAUCGUCGUAGUGGACUCCACCUUCGAGAUGCAGCAGGCAGGAGUUUGGUAAGGGUCGGGAUGGCUCCGCAGGUUCAGCGCCUCCCCCCGAUGGAACUGUCCCUUCCCCCUCUGGCUCAGCCAAGCCAAGGUAACCAGCCAUUCAUGAGCCCAGCAGAGUUCAUCUCCCGAAUCAUGGAGGCAGAGCCCCCUGAGAUCUACCUCAUGGAGGACCUGAAGAAACCUUUCACUCAGGCUAGCAUGAUGAUGUCUCUUACCAACCUGGCGGACAAGGAGCUGGUACUCAUGAUCAGCUGGGCCAAAAAGAUUCCUGGCUUUGUGGAGUUAAGUCUAGCAGACCAAAUCCACCUGCUGAAGUGCUGCUGGCUGGAGAUCCUGAUGCUCGGUCUUAUGUGGAGGUCUGUGGAUCAUCCUGGGAAACUCAUCUUCUCUCCAGAUUUCAAACUCAGCAGGGAGGAGGGACAGUGUGUGGAGGGCAUCAUGGAGAUUUUCGACAUGCUUCUUGCAGCAACCUCUCGCUUUCGGGAGCUCAAGUUGCAGAGGGAGGAGUAUGUCUGCCUCAAGGCCAUGAUCCUGCUCAACUCUAAUCUAUGUACAAACUCCCCACAGACUACGGAGGAACUAGAGAGCAGGAACAAGCUGCUGCACCUUCUGGACUCAGUCAUUGAUGCUCUAGUUUGGGCCAUUUCCAAACUGGGAUUGUCCACGCAGCAGCAAACUCUUCGCCUUGGCCACCUCACCAUGCUGCUCUCCCACAUUCGUCAUGUCAGCAACAAAGGCAUGGACCACUUGUCGACCAUGAAGAAGAAGAACGUGGUUCUGGUGUACAACCUUCUCCUGGAAAUGCUGGAUGCCAACACAUCCAGCAGCAGCAGUCAAACUGCUGCGUCCUCGCCGACCUCUGAGACCUACUGUGACCACCCUCCCCCUCCAUUUUACCUGCAGGCUGAUGUAGAUCAGACCUUCACCACCAGUUCCAGUAAUGAUAAUUCUAUGGUGCCUCCAGGGGAACAAGUUGAAGACCAUAUGAUGGUUAGACACAUGCAGUCUCAAGGCCUCUUGUCCUCUCCUCUACCUAUAAUAGGAUUUCAAAUGAAAAGUGAGGACUACACCGUUCCUGAGCACUGGUCUAUGGAUGGAAGGGAUGCCAGUUCUUCAGUGGAACCACCUGGUUACAUAAUCGCUGAUCAAGUUGUCAUGGAAACCACCUCGGAAGAUGAUUAAAAGAUCAGAAAAAGAAAACUGACUUUAAAAAGAAGCAAACACAAAAAAAGCACCAGGUGCUGUUGUGAAAUUUUCUUUUUCUUUUUUUUUUAGAUCUUUCUGGUCAUUUUGAUUGUACCAGGCUUCGUCUGUGUAAGUAUUUUUUGUGAUUGUGCACUAUGUCAAGUGUUCAUGAGAAUGUCGUCUAACUUCUACCCAGCAGUUCAAUGUGCAGUAUUGGUAUCCUUUCUCUUCAUCUUGAUGUAAUAUUCAGAACAAGUCAUAUCCAAACAUCUCUUCUGAUAUCUAAAGGUGCAUGUAGACCACAAAACUAACAUUCAUGAUUUCCAUGAGGACUGUUACUCUGAGGACAGGGUACUGUUUUUGUCGCUCUGCAGUGAAAAUUUCCUCUUGCACUAAUGCUAUACUUUGCGUACUUUGGUGUCUCAUUGGUGCCUGUUCAUUCAGUGUUUUUCUACUUUUGUGCAAGUUGUCAGUGGAGCAGGACUAUGCUACGUGGCCUUUUACCAAAGUGACUGUUAAAGAUUUCUCUGUUUGCUUGCUUCACCUAAGGCUGAAUUUAUACAAUUAAAGUUUAUGUUUGAAGCCACAGCUUAAAAUGCAAUCCAAAAACAUUAACCACCAACUAUAAUCAUUCUAAGUGUGAACUUAGAAAGUAUGGACUUUGGCACUGCAGCAUUAAAAACUGAAAGCUGACAGCUUUUUCUGUUUUCUGAAUGAAUUGGCUAGUAAUUAUCUACCACAUGGAGGCACUCAGAGGUUCUUCAACAUGAGAAAAACUUAGCAAGAAAAGCUCUACCCUGUGCACCUAGUGCACAGUAUUGAUCUUAAUGAAGAACAAGUGUGUGAAUUUUACAUAUGAUUCCAAGACACAAGCUCUAGGGCAGGAGAAUGUUAUACAUAUAUUUCAAAGAUGUGAAAGGAUUCGAAAUUACACAAAAUCCCAUAUUUUGGGUUCCAACAAUGGUAGGAGUUCGCUCCGCAUUCAGCAGGCUGCUGGUUCGAUCCCCGCUUCACCUGCCUCUGUCGUUCUGUCUUUGGCCAAGACACUUCACCUGACUUAUCUGCUGGUGGAGGUCAGAGGCCAGGGUGCUUCCGGUGGACCUGGAAGCAGCCUGGCCUCUGUCAGACUGCCCAAGGGCAGCUUGCCAACAGUGUGUGAGUGUGUGCGUGAAUGACUAUAGUGUGAAGCACUUUGGGGUCCUCUACUCUUGAUAAGGCGCCAAAAAAGUACAAAGCCAUUUCCUGAUGCUGAGACCUGAGUAGUGCCAGUUUUUCUGUCUUAGCGGCACAUUAAGAAAAAAACGUGGAUCACACCACCACAAAGAAAAGGUAAUGUAUGCAAUCAACUAUGGCAGGCAUUAGUGGGUCAUGUAAAGCACAAAUCCAGCCUGCCAAAAAUUUUAUGUGGCCCUCUAUACUCUAGAGAUAAAAUUGUUGAAUAGAAUAUUCUUCUAGCUAUCAAAUCACAGCAGUUUUAUCUGUAUUCUUCCAAAUUACAUAAAUGUGAAAAAACUGUUUAAUAUUUAAUUUAUAAUACUUACAAGUACUUUCAAGAAGUACUCAAUGAAAGCAGAGACAUUCUUAAUAUUCAUUUAUUUUUUGUAGCUUGUUACUGGGUAGUUUUGACAAUCCUGGUACUGGAAGCCAUUUGCUGCCAUCUUCUGGUUGGAGUUCCGCCCAAUUAUGCAUAAUUUUGCUAAUUGGGAUGCAAAAUUCCUAAAUUCCUAUGUGUUGUAAAGACUUUUUAUUUAAAAUUUGUAUUUAAUCAUUGUCUCAUUUACAUCCAUAUAAAAUGUGAACAGAAGCUGACUACAAAACUAAGUAAAAUGUUUUGAAGUGUUGUAUCUUUAA